GUUUUAAAACUUUCUAUAUUUGUUUUUGUUUUUUGGCAUUUGUUUCCACCUUCUCAGAUUUACUCUACCAGGAAAAUGGGUGUAUUUUAAAUUCACAAAUAAUAUUUGAUUGUUUCUUUUCAAUCCCAUGAAAUGAUAGUUUGUGGAAAUAAUUUUUGUCCUGGGUCCUGUGUCAACCUUGCAUAUUUUAGUCAAAUUUUAUAUUAGAAAACAUUUAGCUCUUUGAUCAUUCUCUUUCUUGCAAAAUAAAAAGUAUAAGGUGAGACAAUCUUCUCUGAGAUUAUUAUCCUGGGAUCUUUGAUCUUGGUACCCCCAUCUUUAAGAAGAACAACAUCUGUUUUUAAGACCCUAUAGCCUAGAACCAAGUUCACUGUAUUCCCCACCAUACUACUACAAUCUCAGAACUGCCUGGAAUCAGUGUGGAACCAAGUUCAGUGUAUUCCCCACUCUUCUACACUCUCAGGACCACCUGGAAUCUGUUGUUUGGGGUUGCCAUGGACACGGAGUUCUUAUUCCAGUACUAGCUUGUUACCAGCACCAGGAAAAGUUGUAUUCAAGUCCCAAGAUCUGAGUCCUUCUGUGCUCCACCUCCCUUCUGCUGUGGCCCCUUGAAAGCAGCCCUACCUGUAGAUUAAUUGUAGAUUGUGGUUGUCCACAAGACAAUACCAUGCAGAGAUUAAAGAGGAACCCUUUAUAUCUCUGGUUCAUGCAUCAAAGAAAUAAUAACAGAAUUAUGGAUUCCUCUGACAACAGUGAUGACCAUGGAGAUGAUCUAGAUGAAUUCAUAUCAGGAAUCUCUAAUGAAGCCACCAAUGAAAGACAUAACAACACUCCAAUGUCCUCUUUGGUGUCCUCUGGCCACAAUAUCAACAAUAGCCCAAACCCUAAUGAAUUGACAUCAGAAACCUAUGAGGAAGACGACAAUGAAAUCCAUGCCCAGAAUGAACUCACAUUAGAAAACUAUGAGGAAUCCACCAAUGAAAUCAUAACCCUGACUGGAUGGAAAUCAGACAGUUAUGAGGAAGUCACCAGUAAAAUCCAUGCCCAGAAUGAACUCACAUUAGAAAACUAUGAGGAAUCCACCAAUGAAAUCACGGCCCUGACUGAAUCGAAAUCAGAUGGCUAUGAGGAAUUCACCAGUGAAAUAACUGCCAUGAGUGAAUGGACAGCAGUAUCCUCCAAAGGACUCUCCAAUGCAAACAUUGCCUUGAGUGAACUGACAACAGUAACUUCUGGUGAAAUCAUCAAGGAAGUCUAUGACUCAAGUGAGUUGAAAAGAGUAACCUGUGUUAAAGCGCCCAAGGAAAGUAUAAUGGAACGACUCUCCAGGUUCCAUGAUGAUGAAGACAUUGGCUUUCUCAAUUCGUAUGACAUGAUUAAGAGAAUUGUGUACUCACUUGUAUCAUCACUCACAUUCAGAAUAUUUGGAAUUUUGCUUAUCUUUGUGGAUAUGUCCCUCGUCAUUACAGACCUGCUUGUCACUAAAAACGCAAUAUAUAUUCCUGUGGAAAUUCAUUUAAUUUCUUUAGCUAUUUCUUUAUUUUUUGUCUUGGAUGUUCUUCUUCGAGUAUAUGUAGAAGGGAUACGACUGUAUUUUUCUGAUAUACUUAACUGCUUAGAUGCUGUCAUCAUUGUAGUGACUCUACUGGUUGAUAUAAUUUAUAUGUUUUAUGACCUUAAGGUUCUUAAAGAUAUCCCCAGAUUGGCAAUUUUAUUUCAAUCUCUACGACUUAUUAUUCUGAUAAGAGUUUUCCAUCUGGCUCAUCAAAAGAAACAUCUUGAAAUGCUGACCAGAAGGCUGGUUUCAGAAAACAAACGGCGAUACAAGAAGGAUGGAUUUGACUUAGACCUCACUUAUGUUACUGAGCGUAUUAUUGCCAUGUCAUUCCCAUCUUCUGGACAGCAGUCUUUCUAUAGGAAUCCCAUUAAGGAAGUUGUGCGGUUCCUGGAUACCAAACAUCAAGACCACUAUCAAGUCUAUAAUCUAUGCAGUGAAAGAGCCUAUGAUCCUAAGUACUUCCAUUACAGGGUGCGGCGAAUCAUGAUUGAUGAUCACAAUGUCCCCACACUAAGUGAGAUGUUGGCGUUCACCAAAGAAGUAGAUGAGUGGAUGGCUCAAGAUGACGAAAACAUCAUAGCAAUUCACUGUAAGGGAGGCAAAGGAAGAACUGGAACGAUGGCUUGUGCCUGCCUUAUUGCCAGUGAAAUAUUUACAACUGCAGAGGACAGCCUUUAUUAUUUUGGAGAACGGCGAACAGAUAAAAGCACCAGCACUAAAUAUCAGGGAGUUGAGACUCCUUCUCAGAGUAGAUAUGUUGGAUAUUUUGCAGAUGUGAAAAAUAUCUACAACUUGAAUCUCCCUGCCAGAAAAACACUCAAGAUUAAAAACAUCGUUAUUUAUUCAAUUCACGGUGUUGGAAAAGGCAAUGGAAAUGAUCUAAAAGUACAAAUAAUAUUGCACCGCAAAAUCGUCUUUUUAAGUUCUGCUUCCAAAAAUUGUUGGAUACUUCACGAUAUUGAAACAGACAACGUAAUAAUUCAUUUAUCCAGCUGUCCACCUCUGUAUGAUGAUGUGAAAGUACGCUUUCUCUCUUCCUCAGUUCUUCCUAAAUACUAUGACAACUGCCCAUUUUUCUUCUGGUUCCAUACAUCUUUUAUACAAAAUAACAGGCUUUAUCUUUCAAGAAAUGAACUGGAUAAUCCCCAUAAACCAAAAACAUGGAAAAUUUACCGUCCAGAGUUUGCAGUCGAGGUAUUUUUUGAUGAGGUCGUAGCCGGUACCUAAUUAAGUGUAGUUCCCUUUCUCGGACAGAAUCAUGUUCUUCACAAUCCCUGCCACAUAUUUGUAGCUUCUAAACCUCCUUCCUUGCUGGUAUACUUAUAUUUACAUUCAUGUACAUAUGUUUUUGCCAAACCUAUUAAAUACAUACAAAGUAAAAUCUCAA